UUUUUGGUUGUGUAGCACCUUGGUGUAAACAAAUUAAUUUAUAAAUCAGUAAAUGUUCUCCUUGUUACAUUUUCUGUAAUAACAAUGAAUGCCACUAGUUUAUAUGUUUCUACGUGUCGAUUAAUAAUCUUAGCUGACGCAGCAGAUAAGUCGUCAUGGACUGAUUUAUUUCGUUUAGUUCCUUAUUUACGACAAUCUUUAUCUUGUACAGUGUGUGGAAACUUAUUAAAAGAACCUUAUACGCCAACAAGCGCCAGCUGCCAACAUCAUGUUUGCAAAAAAUGUAAAGGUGGACGGAAAAAGUUAAAACCUUCUUGUAGUUGGUGUAAAGAUUAUGAAAGUUAUGGUGAGAACUUGCAAUUACGCAUCCUCCUGCAGUGUUACAAGAAAUUGUGCGAGUAUUUUAUGGGUACAGACGUGUACAAGACGUUGCUGGAUGAAGACGAAAUUGCCGCAGGCGUAAACGGUGGCACUGUUGCCAGUUCAGGGUUAAUUGACUUAAUACAAGAAGGUGCUGGUUUUUCUGAUGACUACAAAAGCACAGCAGGUCUGUCUAAGUCGGCGUACAGCAUUCUGCCGUGCGUGUACACUAACUCUGCAGGCACACAAACCCAUGCUGCAUCAAGUUCACACAACUCGGAUAGCAGGUCAUCCAAAGGCUCACCAAACUCAAGAUCAACAUCAAAUGGGUCUCCAUUAUACUCAGUUAUGUACGCAGGCACUGGAAAUAAAAUUACUAUUAAAAGAAAAAAUGUUGAUGACUUAGAUGCACAUGAAUCAGGGUCGAGUCGGGAAAGUAAAUCAAGCCAAUUAGGUUUUAAGAAACCCUCAAACAGGUCUCGUAGUUCAGCUAGCAGUAAGAGAAAAGGUUGCAGAUGUGGUAAUGCCACAGCCACUCCGGGCAAACUAACAUGUUGCGGGCAGCGGUGUCCAUGUUAUGUGGAGAGUAAGCCAUGCACAGAGUGCAAGUGUAAAGGAUGUAGAAAUCCUCACAGACCUGAUGGGAUGAAGGUACGACCACAUAUACCUCAGUUAGACAAUAUACAGCUUACACUGAAUACAAAUCCUGAUACUUCACCAUCAUGUUCCGGAUCUCUGGACAGCCUGGAUACUGACACUCUCACCAUGGAGGCUAUGGAGGAAUCUCUCAAUUAUUCUGCUGAUUUCAAGUCUUCCAAUAUCAAAGUGUACACAAGUCAGUUACAAGAAGUGUCUCCAUCACUACCAGCCACUAUAAUGAUGGAUGAAGAGUUUGCUGGCUCAGGGGAGGAGGAACUGAGUUCGCCGCACGAGUACACACUCGCCUCUCCAACUGAUAUGCACGAUAUGAAUGACAUGCAGGAGAUGCAUGAUAUGCACGAUAUGCACGACAUGCACGAUAUGCACGAAAUGCAGGACAUGCAUGAAAUGCACGACAUGGACGAUAUGCAAGACUUGGACGAGCAGGAACAGUCGCCACAGUCGCCGGCGUCGCAAGACGCGAACAGCGACAUCGAGGUGGACGUAUGACACGAGCUGUCCCUCGCGAGUGACUAGGCGUGUGCCUGCUCGCGCGGACGGCCGGGGCUCGGGGCUCGGCUGCGAGUCUCACUACUAGUUACUGCGACAAUGCUCUAGGACGGCGCCGGCGUAUGUUCAACUGUUGUAUGCUGAGAUACUAAUUAUACAUUGGUUGCCUGAAUUAAAGCUGGGAAAAUUCUUAUCUUUCAUGACUGGAAUGAUUUGUUGGGUCCAUCGAAUUUUAAUAUAAUAGACAUUGUGUGUAUAGGUUUAAUAGAUACUUAAAUUGAGUACUUAAAUAUCCAAAGUAUAUUGUCUGCUGUUGAGUAUGUGACAAAUUAGUUUAACUCGGUGAACAUAGACAGCAUAGU